CUACGAACCUCCUUAUGCGUAUGGCAUUGUGGGGAGCUGGAGGCUCGAGUAUUUUGGAAUGUAGUUCAUGUUGUAGUUGUUGUGGUUAAUAUUAUGAGUUGCUUUUUAACAUUAUCUUUAACUUUAUCAUCAACAUGGUUUAGAAGAAUAGAUUGAUCUAUUACAAUUCUACUUCUAGUUGUUCUACGCACCUCCGUUCUUUCUGCUUUAAAGUAGCUAGUUAUUAUACCCUUCUCCUGAGUUUUUAACAGAGACCCACAAGAACUGUCUUUGGUUCUGUAAUAUUAUAGUCGCUAAAAACAACUACAUGAUGUGCUGAUUUUGCUGUGCUGGCUUAACGUAUCGUGUGAGAUAGGUAUGUAGGGCCCUUUUGCAGACCUUCGUAGUCUACUUUGAAUGUACUCCCUCAUAUUAUCGAAAUUAUAGAUUCUAUUUCAAAAACACAAACAGUUACGUGCCCAAGCUGGCGCUCAACAUUGGAUUUGCGAGGUGGUGGGAGCCCAGGGAUGAGGAGUGUAUGGAGGAUGACGAGGCAGAGAAUUCCUUGAUGACAUCACCAGAAUUGCCUUGCUCUUCCUCUUCUUCUUGUUCUGUUUCAAGUAGCGGUUCACCGGAUGGAAGUGAAGCAAGAGGGGUCAGCAUACUACCGCUACUAGAUGAAGAAGCGCAACAAGCGG